UAUAUUUCAUAUGUACUUGCGUUACAUGUGUUGUGUUAAAUUCAAUGAAUGACUGCAAAUGUUGUUAGCUUGACGCUAAAUGUUGUUAGCUUGUUGACAGGGUGGGCUUUAGGACCCAGCAGACACCAGGGUACUAGCUCGGGCGGGUAGGAGGCAGGCUGUUCCCCUCUAGAGGACCGAUCAGAGGUCAGUUUUGCAAAUUGUACCAAAAUGAUCCUUGGUUUGGGAAGCUGGUCCUUCGUCAGUUUAUGUGGCAUUUUUUGUGAGCGACGUAAAAAGGGGGGAUAAACAUGGCCAGGUUUAGCUAGGAUAGCGAGAUUCGACGUCCCAAAAUUGAACAAAACACACCAUUUUAGGACAAUCAAGCGGGUAGGUAGCGACCUCUCCGGAGGUUUUGGAGCUUAAAAAGAAGCAGGCCAGUACCUCCAUCAUCACAACAACCAGUUCGGCUAUGCUGCUGAACAACACAACGCGGGGCUUCCUGUGGUCGGACGCGGAGACGAGGACCUUGCUGAACAUCUGGGGGGAGCAGGACGUCCAGGAGGCGCUGGACGGAAACUUCCGCAACAGCUUCGUCUACCGCGACGUGUCCCGGAGGCUGGCGGCGAUGGGCUUCGAGCGCACGCCGGAGCAGUGCAGGGUGCGCAUUAAGAGCCUGAAGAGGCAAUACUUGCUGGCCAAGGAGGGCAACCUGCGCAACAACAGGCAGUACCACAAGAUAGCCAAGUUCUAUGACACCAUGGAGAGGAUCCUCAGCAGCCGGCCCGCCCUAGUGGACCCCCAGGAGUUCAUAGACAGCGGGACCGGAGGGGAGGAGGCCGUGGACGGCUUGGACGAGGAUGCGGAGGAUGCUCAGGAUGUGUACUCUGAGAGUACCGGAGACUGUCCCUUUCCUGCAGAGACUGAAGUCAAGCUGGAGUACCCCACCGUUCCCAUCCCCAUCCCGGUUAAAGUCACAGUGGGCAAUAACAGUACAUUAGAAAGACCGCACAACAGCAGCCAGUCGGUAGGUAACUGCUCCGCCUCCACGCCUAAGCAGAGAAGGCGGCGGCGUGCUAACUUCCCCGUGGAGAGGCUAAUGGAGCAGUUCUUGAAGCAGAGUGCUCAGGCCGAGGACAACUUCUACCGCAUGGAGGAGCGGCGCCUGCAGGCCGAGGACCAUCGGCGGGAGGCGGAGCACGCCAGGGAGCUGCACAUGCUCCAGAUGCUCGGGCAGAUGUUCUCCAACAUCACCGCACGACCCGGCUCGGCGGCGCCCACGAAGACCACCCAUGCUCCCGUUUUCUCCCAACCAUCGCCACUGUGUGCACGCCGCCAGCCCUCCCCACAGACAGACAGUUUGUCUCAACGGGGUCAGCUGCUGAGCCCAGACCCUCACACAUUAGUGUUUGAACGCCACCACAGCGUGGGCUCCACAUCCCACGGGGCCAUGGAAGAGCACGUCCUGUCUCUGGUGAAAAAGAUCGUCCCGCCGCUGUCCGGCCAUAAGCACAAGGGACAGGACGGACGAAUCGGGAUCAUAGGCGGAUGUCAGGACUACACUGGAGCGCCCUACUUUGCCGCCAUCUCCGCACUCAAAGUGGGUGCGGACUUGUCUCACGUGUUCUGCACCAAAGAUGCCGCAGCGGUAAUCAAGUCCUACAGCCCGGAGCUCAUCGUGCAUCCCGUCCUGGACAGUCCCAACGCAGUGGAGGAGAUAGAAAAAUGGCUCCCGAGACUGCACAGCCUGGUGGUGGGACCCGGUCUAGGGAGAGAGGACUUCUUAUUAAAAACGGCCAAGGAGGUGAUAGAGAAGUCCAAAGCGAGAGAUAUUCCAAUUGUCAUCGACGCGGACGGCUUAUGGCUGGUCACCAAGCAGCCGUCUGUUAUCCAAGGCUACCAGAAAGGCAUCCUGACGCCCAACUUCAUGGAGUUCACGCGACUCUACGAGACGCUACAACAUAAGCCUGUGGACAGCGGCGAUCACCGUAGUAGUGUCCUGCAGCUGAGUGAAGCCAUGGGAAACAUCACCAUCCUGCUCAAGGGAGAGAAGGAUCUCAUUGCAGAUGGCAGCACUGUGGUUACAUGCAGCACAGAGGGCAGCGCUAGACGAUGUGGAGGACAGGGGGAUCUUCUGUCUGGUUCUGCUGGUGUGCUGGCACACUGGGCCCACGCUGCCUGUCAAGCAGGACUCAUCACAGGUGUGAACCCGUCGGUGGUUGCAGCAAUGGGGGCGUCCUCACUCACCAGACAGUGCAACAAACAAGCGUUCCAGCGACAUGGCAGGUCCACAACCACCUCGGACAUGAUCCAGGAGAUUGGGCCAGUCUUCAAAAAUCUAUUUGAAAGAUGAAAGCCAACAUAUCACACUUGUACAAAUGACCCAUGUUAAUGUUUUGCAUUCUGUACCCAACCCAACUGAUAACUUUAGUUAAGUAUUAUAUGGGGCAAAAGGGGGCAGGCUUUAGUGGAAAAAUAAAAAGUAUGUGUGGCUAUACCUCCUCGUGUUAAUGAAACUACAGUCUUUAUGUACAUACAACAAACACAAAUCUUCCCAAGUGGAAGACAUGUACUUACUGGCAUUUUUUUUUACAUCAAAAGAAAUAAAAACGACUGUGUGAUUCUCUUUAUUUUAAUAACUUGUCGAACGUCAGCAGAUACCCUAUUUUCCGCCAGAAGACAGCAAAGUACAAGUACGGAAAUGAAAGCGGGUCAAAUGUUUGACUACGGCAGCCAGACUUGCAUAUGUUGGAUUACAAAUACAUUGUGUAAGGCAACAUUGCGGUGUUUUUUUGUUUUAAAACAUAUUUAUUUAUACAACUUAAACGUCCAGUGAAAAUGCGGUUGUGAUCAAGGACACUAAAAUUCAAUGGGUCUGCUGAUCCGUCGCAAAUGAAUGGAACAGUAAUACGCCAUGAAGCAGAAAGUCCGCCAUGAUGGUGAGCAAGAGAGGUGGACGGGUCUAGGCGGACAAACGUGUACAAUGUAUUCACUAGCUCUGAGUUGAGUAUAAGUUAUACGCUGUGCGUACACUUUGCUGAAUGAAUUUAAUUUACUGAAUACAAUGAAUAUAUAUAUAUAUAAAUAUAUAUAUAUAAAUGUGUACAAAUAUUAUACUGCAGAAAUGUAACCUACAUAUCGAUUUCAAUAAAAACCUGAGCAGCAGUA